CAUAUUUUCUUAGCUGUUCCUAUUAAAUGUCUCUUUCUAAUCUCUAAAUCCCAAAAAAAAACUUCCCAUGAAGUCAUAUAUAUCUACACAUAAUAAUUUUGUAUCUACAUAUUGACAGAGAGUUUGUAUUGUGAGGAGGAGAAGAAGAAGAAGGUCACCGAACAGCAUCUCACAUGGCUUCUUUAGAUUGAGAGAGAGACCCACAAAAUAAAACUAUCACCAUUACAAGAAAAACAUCAGAGAAAACCCCAAAAUAUUUUUUCUUAUUUCGUUUCUGAUUCUUUUGUUGUAGUUAUGGAUUUAUUGUCCAGUACUGUUUCAUCGUUAGCAUCAUCUUUCAAAAGUGAAUACAAAGGAGAGGAAGAAGAAGAAGAAUUGGAUCAGCUUUUAGAUGAGUAUUGGUUUUUUGAGAAUUUGUUUCAUAGGAAAGAAAAGAAUAUGUUGUCUACAACUGAUUUAUGGAACAGUAUUCAAAACCAUAAUAAGAAUAUAGGAUUUGAUGAUGUUGUUUCUUCAACUACUCAUCCCAAUGAUGAAGAUGAUGAUUUACCGAAAGAAAAAGACGGCAGGAAAUUUGUUCGUCAGAGUUCGCUUCGAACGAGCCCAUCGCUCCCGCCAUCAUUAGGAAGAGACAAGGAAAUUCAUCAAAGAUUUUCAAGCAAGUUGUCUAGGCAAUACUCACUAAGCUCUUCCAAAGCUGUUCCACAGGUACACGACUCUGAGUUCCAAUACUAUGAAAGGCAUUCAUCUGAUCCGUUGUACAACAAUUCGAUGCAUAACGUUCAAGAGACAGUUUUUAUGAAUGAUCAAGAGAUGGUGGUUAAUAAGGAGAAGAAAUCUAGAGAUUCUAAGGCGAUUACAAAUUCUCCGACAAAGGAGUUAUCAACCUUUGUUGUUUAUAAUAGUUUGCUUCGAGCUCCAUCGUUUCCACCAUCAGUUGGAAGAUCAAACAAGGUUGUACAAGAGAAAGAAUCUAAUGGAAGAGUGAGCAGAUUGACAAGGCAAGCAUCACUUAGCUCUUCAAAAAGCGUUACACAGGAAUCUGAGAUUCAACAAGACUAUAGACGACAUUCCAACAAUAUUCAAGAAAUAGUUACUGGGAAUCAGAAACAGGGGAUUAAAGAUUCGUUAAUAUUUGCUCCUAAUUUGCUUCGAACCCCAUCUUUAACACCCUUAAGGAAGGAGGAGGAAUCUCUUCGCAGAUCAAGCAAGUUAUCUCGGCAAUCAUCGUUUAUCUCUUCGGAUGUUAUGCCUCCAAUAAAUAUUCCUAAGAUUGGACCACAGCCGGCGAUACGAAGCCCGGGAAUACCUCGACACCGGUCAAAAAAGGAAGAUAGCAGCAUACAUAAGGAUGGAACAAGGACUCCGCCACUUUGUGCAACUAAAGAAGUGAUAAGAAGAAGCUUAAGUUACAAAAGGAGUUGUUCAACUAAAAUCGAUCUCGAAGUGGAAGAAGUACAAGGAUUCAAGGACUUGGGAUUUGUAUUUGAUACAGAACAAAUUAACAAAAGUUUGGCUAACAUAAUUCCUGGUUUACAAGAAAAGAAGUCAGUAAAUAUGGAAGCAGACGAAAAUGAAAAGAAAACAACAAGAAGACCUUAUCUAUCCGAAGCAUGGUUAGUACAACCAUCAAAACCUACAGUUCCGGCUUGGGUUGACAAAAGAUCGGCAGGAGACAUGAAAGAACAAUUGAAAUAUUGGGCUAGAUCUGUUGCCUCUAAUGUAAGAAUACAAGAGUGUUAAAAGAAAAAAGAAAAUCCUUGAGAUUAAUUAAUUAAUAUGAUUUUGAUGAUGAAAAUCCAAAACAGGUUUGGGUUUUAGGAGAGACCCAGAAUAUGUAAAAGACCCUGCUGAUUAUACUUUGUAAUCUUUGUUCCGUACAUAUUAAAUUUUGUUCCCGGUACAACAUGUUUAUUAAUGUAAGAGUGGUAUUGAAGAUUGA